UACUCGUCUCCUUCAUUUACAUAUUCAACUCCAAACUCUUCCAAAGGGGGACCUUCCUAUUGCUACUUAUCUUCAAAGUUCUAAACACAUAGUUGAUGAACUCACAAUAGUCGAAAAACGUGUUGAUAUUAAUGAGUUUAAUGCCAUCAUCUUUCUCAGUGACAUGGUUACUACAGUGACAUGGUUACUGCUAUCAACUAUGAGUGACAUGGUUACUGCUAUAUCUGCUAGGAUUCAUCUGGUCUCCCAUCCAGAGCUUCAUAACCUUCUUGUGAGUCAUGAGAUUCAGCUUCAAGAAAGAGAAGCCUACUCUACCAUUCUUGGCUAUUCCAACAUUGCAUAUUGA